GAAAUAUCGCUUUUCUUAAAUAUGACAAACUGAUAGUGAAGAAACCGACUGACAAAACCAGAGAUAAAAGAAAGAGAGAAGAUUCAAGCUCACCAAACUCAUCAACCCAAAAGAAAAUAUACUUGAAAGAAACCUCAAAACCACCAUUUGCCAAGAUUGCCUCAAAAGAAAUGAUAAAACCUAAUAAUAUUCGUAACUAUGUCGAACGAGGUAGAACAGCCUCACUAUCUGAAACCUCAAAAAACUAGCAAUGACCACCGGCACCCGGAACAAGAUCAAAACAAAUAUGACAACAUUGUUCAAACCAACCUCGGAAAAAAGCACCCAAAGCCGGCUGGUCACCGUGGGGCAAGAUGACCACUACCCUUCAUCAAAUAACAAACAGAAUAAUAUAAAUAAAAACAACCCUACCCAUUUCAGAAAUGUGUAAUAAAAUUAGUAGAUUUAAUUUAAUAUCAAUAUUAUAUAUAGAAUGUAAGCAUGAAAUCCACAAACUGUAGCUAUAUCAAAUUUGGUUUUCUAUGUAUAUUUAUUAUCAUAUAACUAUCUGUUUUCUAUUUUUUUUUAAAAAUCACUUCGCUAUUUAUGUUAGUUGUGGUUACCUGUAAGAAGAUGAACACAUAGCAUGUAGGCGCAUUGUUAAGUUAUAUUUUUGUUAGUAUUGUGUAUCAUCUGUUGGUGAUCCAAAUAAAGAGAAAAAAAAAAACCCUAGUUAUGCAAUAAAAAGCAAGAGUUUAAAAUGAAGAGAACAAGGCCUUAAAAUAUGCACAUUCAAUGUGAGAUCCCUAUCAACAAAAGAAAGAACUUUAGAACUAAAUAAUGCAAUAGAAAAAAUAAAAUGGGACAUCAUAGGACUCGCAGAAGUUAAAAAGAUAGGAUAUAUCAUCGAAGAACAUAAAGACUAUAUAUUCUGUUAUAUAGAAGAGACACAGGGACUUCAUGGUGUAGGCUUCUUAAUAAAGAAAUCACUAAAAGGCAACAUAUUAAGCUUUUCGGGAAUAUCAGAGAGAGUGGCUCUGUUAAAACUGAACUUCGAGGAGCCUUUAAAGAAUUAUCUACGCACAAAAAUUGGAUGCAAAGUCUGAACAGUGAAAAAGGUGAAAAUAAAGACAGAGAAGGUAUAAUGAAAUGUGCAACGGCUUUCUAUACUUCUCUUUAUGCAAAACCACCACAUGAUAUGCCACAAGAAGAAAAAUAUAAUAGUAAUAUAACUGGAGAAGAUAUAGCAGAAACACCAGUAAACCCAAUAACUGAAAUAGAAAUAUUGACCCAAAUCAACCGACUAAAACCGGAAAAGAGCCCAGGCGAAGAUAACAUCACAAACGAAGCCCUCAAAAUCGGAGUGCCAAUCCUGGCUGCAUAUCUAGCAGAAUUAUUCAAUUUAGUACUGGAAAAAGAGCAAGUACCAUCACAAUGGAGUAAAUCAAACAUAAUACUAUUGUAUAAAAAAGGGAACCCGCUCGACAUCAGCAACUACAGGCCUAUCAGCUUACUAUCAACAAUAUAUAAACUCUUUUCAUCAAUCAUCCUAGGAAGAAUAGCACCAGAUAUUGACAAGAAUCAGCCAAUAGAACAAGCGGGCUUCCGGCCACACUACUCAACAAUAGACCACAUUCACACAAUGGAACAAAUAAUCGAGAAAUAUAAAGAAUUCAAAAAACCACUCUACAUAUUUUUUGUGGACUAUUCCAAAGCAUUCGACAGCAUGUACACCCAUCUAUAUGGACUGCUCUAAGAAAUAAUGAUGUAAACAAAAAGUAUGUAAAUAUCAUAAAAAACAUCUACUCUAAAAAUGUAAGUAGAGUAAAACUGGAAAGACAAGGGGAAGAGUUCACAAUUGGUAGAGGGGUGCGGCAGGGCGACCCAUUGUCUCCAAAGCUAUUCAUAGCUGUACUUGAAGACAUUUUCAAAAACAUUAAUUGGGAAAAUAAAGGCAUAUGGAUACUCAAUAAUAAAUUAACACACCUAAGAUUUGCAGAUGACAUUGUUCUUUUUAGUGAAUCAGCGACAGAUUUAGAAGCAAUGCUACAAACAUUAAACUUUGAAAACAAAAAAAUCGGUCUACACAUGAACGCAUCCAAAACUAAAAUAAUGUCAAACAGUCAAAAGAAAACAAUCAAAGUAGAGCAAAAACCGAUAGAAUAUACUAAUGAAUAUGUGUACCUAGGUAAAUUAGUGUCCUUUGAUGUUAACAGUAACGAAAACGAAAUAGACAGACGAAUAAGUACAGCAUGGAAGAAAUACUGGGUCAAAAAAGAAAUUCUAAAAGGGAACUAUAGUCUUAAUAUAAAAAAGACUAUAAUGGAUUCUUGCAUUCUCCCAAGUUUAACUUACGCUAGCCAGACCUGGGUCUUCACCGAAAAAGUCAAAAACAAAAUUUCAUCUUGUCAACAUGCAAUGGAACGUAGUAUACUGAAACUGAGAAAAAUACAAAAAACGAGAAAUGCAGACAUCCGCAUGAAAACAAAAUUAACAGAUGCUCUUAAUUUUAGUUUGAAACAGAAAUGGAACUGGGCAGGGCACUUGUCGAGAUACAAAGGUAAAAGAUGGACUUACUAAACAACUAAAUGGCAGGGCCCCAAAGGCAAAAGAAACGUGGGAAGACAGAAGAAAAGAUGGUCCGAUGACAUAAUAAACACAGCAGGAAAAAGUUGGAUGCAUGCGGCCAAAGACAGGGAAAGAUGGAAAAGCAUGGAGGAGGCUUUUACCCACAGGGCGGGCCACAUAACAAAAAAAAUAGGAAGGAAAUUAUUAUAAUUAGAUAUAUUUAUUAUAUAUAUUUGUAAGAAUUGUUAAGUGGAAAAUAAAGCUGUAAUAAUAAUAAUAAUAAGUAUGUUUUUAUUUCAAAGUUUUUAUAUUUAACAUUCCAGCUGUGGACAUAAUAAAGCGAAUUGAUAGUGCACACAUAAAGCUGCAGUUGGAUAUAUUUCAUCUUCAACACAUCUGUGGAGAUUUGUCUUACAACAUUAAAAAACUCAUGCCCUAUGUAGGGCACGUACAGAUCGCUCAAGUGCCAAACAGAAAUGAGCCAGACAGCCCGGGCGAAAUUAACUACAAAUAUAUUCUUGAACAAUUGGAAAUUAAUGGAUACACUGAUUGGAUUGGCUUGGAAUACAAACCAGUGGGCAAUAGCAAAGAUGGAUUGAAAUGGAUUAAUAAUUUUGGUUACUCUUUGUAAUAAAAGUCAAAACAUUAUUUUGAAUUGUGAUCAAUUGUAUGUAUUAUAAAUGUAUAAAAUUGUAUAUAGAACUAACGGAUAAAAGUGGAAUAAUACAAAGUUUUACUA